AUGGGCUUGGGCAAAAUCUGUGGCAUCCCGCCUGAGAACCCACGAUGCCCCAGCUGCCCAGAAACCAGGGAACUGGAAGCCAGCAAAGUUGUCCUCCUGCCCAGUUGUCCUGGAGCCCCAGGAAGUCCUGGGGAGAAGGGAGCGCCAGGUCCUCGAGGGCAACUUGGACCACCAGGCAAGAUGGGCCCCAAGGGUGAGCCUGGAGAUUCAGCAAACCUGCUCUGGGGCCGGGAGAGCCCCAGGAGCUGCCAGGAGCUGCUGAGCCGGGAUGCCACCUUGAGCGGCUGGUACCAUCUGUGCCUACCCGAGGGCCGAGCCCUCCCAGUCUUUUGUGACGUGGACACCACAGAGGGCGGCUGGCUGCUAUUCCAGCGGUGACAGGAUGGUUCCGUGGAUUUCUUCUGCUCUUGGUCCUCCUACAAAGCAGGUCUUGGGAGCCAGGAGUCCGAAUUCUGGCUGGGUAAUGAGAAUUUGCCCCAGCUUACUCUCCAGAGUACCUGGGAGCUGCGGGUGGAGCUGGAGGACUUUAAAGGCAACUGCACCUUUGCUCACUGUGGGGCCUUCCACCUCCUUGGGGAGGCAGGUCACUACCAGCUAGUGCUUGGCAGGUUCUCAGAGGGCACUGCAGGGGACUCCCUGAGCUUCCACAGCAGGAAGCCCUUUACCACCUAUGACACCAACCAUGAUACAAGCAAGAGCAACUGCGAGGUGACUGUUCGUGGUGCCUGGUAUUUCAGAUCCUGCUAUCAGUCCAAUCUCAACGGGCGCCACUGGAUGUCCGAAGCCACUGCCCAUAACUAUGGCAUUGACUGGGUCUCAGGCUGUGGCAUGGGCCACCCUUACCACAGGGUUCACAUAAUGCUUUGCUAG